AUGGCCUUCACAAACCAGGCCGGCACUUUGCUGGGUCCUCUAACCACAACAUGGACUAUGCCCGAGUCUUGCUCGAUCUACAUGCCGCCAUGCUCGACAUGCGACCAAGGAUUCAGAGGACAGUCGUGCAAUGCCAUAAGCGAUGGCCGAGUGCAGGAUAACACGGCAUGUUGGCCACCAGUCAAGCCAGGCAUUUCGUCUCCGGGAUGGCCCUUUGUGGGCUGGGGAUUCUAUUCUCCUGGUAUUGCGUGUCCUGCGGGAUACGUGACGGCUUGUACGGCGGUUUAUGGACAGAGACCGCAGUGGGAUACUCAAUUCACUCUGGUGUCAUCGGAGACUGCCGUGGGAUGUUGUCCACCGGGGUUCACAUGCGCCAACAUCAAUGGAAACACAUGCAUUGCAACCGCAACCUCAACGUCCAUUCCAACAGCCUUUUGCGAUGGCACCAAGCUUACCGAUUCUGGCUUUGAGACUUUUCCCACUGUCGUCACAUUCACCCAGACGGAUACCGCAAGUGGUGUGGUGGAUGUAGAAACUUCGACACGCCAAAUGGUCUUGUACGCUCCCAUGUUCCAGCUCAACUUCCAAUCAAGCGAUUUACCUGCCUCGACAACCACCGCAUCCACUACAUCAUCCUCAAGCACAGCUACAACCAGAACAACAUCCUCAACAAGCCAGCAAACAACAACCUCCGCAGCGGAUAAUGGUACUGCGAUAAAUCCGUCAUCGGGACUGUCUAACGGAGCCAAAGUCGGGCUCGGUGUCGGUCUUGGCCUCGGCGUGGCCUUUCUGCUCGCUUUCUCUGCCUUCAUCUACUACUAUCGACGCUCAAAAAAAGCUCAAGAG